GCUGGAAUGACAUAUCUUGGAACAACGAGAAGAUGCACACCCCAAACCUGCAGGCAUUGGCGCAAGAAGGGGUCAUCCUGGACCAACACUACGUGCUUCCGACUUGCACUCCAACAAGAGCUGCGCUGUUGACUGGUCGGUACCCGUACAAGCUUGGCAUUCAGGGACAUGGCAUUCGCCCUCUUGAGCCUUAUGGUUUGCCACUGGGGAUGACGACGCUGGCCGAGGAACUCAAGCGUCGAGAUUACACCACCCACGCCUUUGGAAAGUGCGUACAAGUGUCGGUCAUCGAUGCUUAUUUCCAAGAGAACAGGUGGCACUUGGGUUACUGCGACUGGACGCUGACGCCGACUCGUCGUGGCUUUGAUUCCUUCCGAGGUUACUACCUAGGCUCUCAAGAUUACUUCACCCACAUGACGUCAGGAGGCAGAACUAGUCCAGAGAUUGAAGGAUACGAUUACCGCAAUUAUGAGUCCGUCGACGAGUCGGCAAGAGGAAUUUAUUCCACGACGCUGAUAACACAGAACGUUCUCGACACAAUUGAAGAAAAGUCAAAGAAAAACGGACCUGUGUUUCUCUAUGUGGCCUUUCAAGCUGUGCACGCGCCCUUACAGGUGCCAGAUGAUUAUCGAACUAAGUGUUCAAGCUACACAAAGAAGCGACUGAAAAUAUGCGAAAUGGCAGCUGCCAUGGACGAUUCGGUGGGACUCAUCGUUGAAAAACUAAAGAAAGUGGAAAUGUGGAACAAUAGCCUCUUCGUCUUCAUGAGUGAUAAUGGUGGACAAGUGCUCUACGGUGGAAGUAACUGGCCUCUACGAGGUAACAAGAACACGCUCUACGAAGGAGGAACGAGGGUUCCAGCAAUAGUGGCCGGGCCUGUGCUCCAGAGUACCGGCUACACAAGCUCAAGUGUUAUGCACGCCGUCGACUGGUUUCCGACGCUUCUUAGUGCGACCGGUGUGAAAAGCACUUGGGCGGAUAUUGACGGCGUCGACCAUUGGCCAAUAAUCAGAGACGGAACUGGGGAUGCGCCAAGAUCGGGUUUUAUCUACAACUUAGACCGCAGGGAAAAAAAGCUAGUCGGUGCAAUCAGAGACGGAGACCUGAAGUUAAUUAUGAGACCGUCGAAGACCUUUGGCAAGUGGUACGCAGAGUCGGAGGAAGAGACGGAGAGCGCGGAAUCGGUCGACAAUUCGCAGAUAUCGGUUCUCUACAAUAUCACUGCUGACCCCUACGAGAAGGACGACUUAUUCACGAAGUUGAGGAGCGAGGCCAGGCGUCUAAGUAACACGCUGAGGGACCAGGCCCACUUGAUGGUGCCUUCACCUAGCCUGGAAGAUGAAGCCGAAGGCUAUCCAAGCAAGCUGGAUCCGGCGGGAGCGUAUGGUCCUGGUUGGUGCAAAGCUCCCACGUGGAAGCAAUCAGAACCAGAAGAACCAGUGUUGAAUGAUGAAGAAUACAUGGCGGAUUAUUAUUAGAAAUAUUCAAUUACUUCUAUAUAGAUACUACGGUGCACUGGAUAGCGUAUUGUGCCGUCCGACCUGCAAACAAAAAAGGGCGUAACCUGGUCGCAGAUGCGUCGACACAAGCAAAAAAGCGCUGCGGUCGACUGGUCUGCGUAGCACGCAUGAUUUCAAUAUGCAGGACCAAGCCCUCCCAAUUUGUUGAAAAAAAUGUUACUACAGCUCAUUCGCUACUAAAAUGAGAGGUAAAAAUAUAAAUAACAUGAACUUCUAAGAUACGUGACAGCAAUAAAUGAUAGUGAUGAUGACAUAAAUAAAUAAAUAUUUCAUCAAUGGCUCACACCCCCACCCGGGGGAUUGGGCACUGCCCAAGCUGCGCGGGCCCUAAGCU